AUGGCGGCUUCUGUGUGUCAAUGGUAUAAAUUGUGUAAACGUUCCUCGGCUGAAACAAGAGUGUGUUAAUGAAGACUUCACUGUGAAAACAUGGGUUUAGUGAGGCACGUGGUGUGCGCCAUGUCCGGCGGCGUCGACAGCUCGGUCACUGCUUUGCUACUGAAGAGAAGAGGCUUCAGUGUGACAGGGGUUUAUAUGAAGAACUGGGACCCUGUGGAUGAGAGUGGAGUGUGCAGCACAGAGAAGGACUGUGAGGACGCCUACAGGGUGUGUCACACUCUGGACAUCCCCUUCCACCAGGUGUCCUAUGUCAAAGAGUACUGGCAUGAAGUUUUCAGUUAUCUGCUGAAAGAGUAUGAGAAGGGCAGGACACCAAACCCAGACAUAAUUUGCAACAAGAAAAUCAAAUUCAACCAUUUCCACAAGUAUGCCAUUAACACUCUGGGUGCGGAUGCCAUGGCAACAGGCCACUAUGCCAGAACGUCACAGGAAGAUGAAGACGUCUUCCAGCAGACACACAUAGCUCCGUCCACCACGCUCUUCAGAGAUCGAUUUGAGAUCAGAAAUCCGGCGAGGUUGUACAAGGGAGCAGAUCUCCUCAAAGACCAAACCUUCUUCCUCAGUCAGAUCUCCCAGGAUGCCUUGCGACAAACCAUGUUCCCGCUCGCUGGACUCACCAAGGAGUUUGUUAAAAAGAUUGCUGCUGAAGCAGGGUUUCACCACGUUCUGAAGAAGAAAGAGAGCAUGGGCAUUUGCUUCAUCGGUGAGAGAAACUUUGAAAACUUUAUUUUGGAGUAUCUAGAGCCGAAACCAGGGAACUUUGUCUCCAUUGAAGAUGGGAAAGUAUUGGGAGCACACAAAGGCUGGUUCACUCUGACGCUGGGCCAGAGGGCGAGGAUAGGGGGGCAGAGAGACGCUAUGUUCGUGGUGGAUAAAGACAUUACAACAGGAGACGUGUUUGUGGCUCCGACGACAAAUCACCCAGCUCUUUUCCGUGACACUGUGCGGACGGACCGCUUCCACUGGCUCACAGUGGACCCGCCCCCUGAACUUGUCAAGACCCAGAUGAUGGAUUGUCACUUCCGCUUCAUCCACCAGAUGCCGCUCGUUCCCUGCACGGUGACCCUGAACAUGAACGGCUCUGUCUGGAUCUCACUCUCCCAGCCAAUCAGAGCUCUGACUACUGGACAGUUUGCUGUGCUCUACAAAGGGGACGAGUGUCUGGGCAGUGGGAAGAUCACCCAGCUGGGACCCAGUGAAUACACACUCCAGCAGGGCCGAGAAAGACUGAUGGCAGUGGCGCGGCAAAGGGAGGAGCCGACACCUGAACCGCCCAGCUGAGAAGACCUCAUAGGUCCAGAUGCGGUCUGUCCGACACAUUAGGUAGAGCAACACUGUUCAUGAAAACAGGCCUUAAAUGUCCCCCUGGUGGUCAAACCUAGGUGGCUGUGAACAGUUGAUUGGGUUGUGUAAUGCUCAACUCUGACAUCUCAGCAGUGUUGAAGACACAGGGACAAAGUAGUUGAUUUCUGUAUCUGCUCACUGCUCAGAUAUAUCAUCCACAUUCAAGGUGGGUUCUUUUUAAACUUGGGCUAAAAUAAGAUGUGUUUUUAAUAGGGCUGGGCAACGAUUAAAAGUUUUAAUCGCGAUUAAUCGCAUGAUGUCCCUGAUUAAUCACGAUUAAUCGCAUUUGUAUACGCAAAAUCCAAUAAUGAAUUAAAAAGUAGUGUAUAGCGCAAUUUUAUUUUCAAUGUUCUGCCAUAUGAAUGAAAGUGCCAUAACAUUUGUUGUGCAAACACUUUUAACAUCAGCAUUUAAUACAGUAGCAGUUAAAUAAAAUAUUCAGUGUAAAUCUCAACUUAACAAUGUUAUCAAAGCAAAUACAAAGUUAAAGCUCAAUGCCACUGCCAGGGCAUUAAUGUUAUCCUCUUCGUUAUGAAAAAUGUAUACUCCUCCCUGCGUCUAACGUAGUCUGCCGAAGCCUCGCUCCACUUGCUGUUUCGUUGAAUGAUUUGCUGAUAUCAACUGUGUGUUUUGCAUUCAGGUGAUAUUUUAGACUGGAAGUACUCCGGUGAUAAGAAAAUUCACCUUGGCAGUGGCUACAAAUAACUUUGGUUCUGUCGACUCCGCCGUCUGGAAGGACUUUAAAAUGAAAAUGGCCAUGUAAAAGCUCUGUAGCCUUAUCCAUGGUUGUUUAUCCGCCAAUUAUUUUCUUUUUUCCGGUUCCGCAGCAGUCAGCAACAGACUUUCACAAAAUAAAAGCCUGACUUUCACAAUAAAACAAUAAAUAAUCCAACCUGAGUUAAUGCGAGAUAAAAUAAUUAGUUGAGUUAAAUAAGUGAUGAGUUAACUCGUAAUUAACUAGUUAACUUGCCCAGCCCUAGUUUUUAAAAAAGAAAUCACCCCAAAAAGAAUAGAAAUCUAAAUGACGCUCACCUUUUUAAAGAAUUUGUCAUAUUUUAUUUUUGUUGUUGACUGAAAACCGUCCACAAACUCAAGCUGCUAUUUGGAGCUUUGUUUUUAGCUCCUCGUGAUUCUGGUGGGAUGAGCCGUCAGCCAACAAGGCGACAUGUAGAUUUACAGAUGUUGUACAUGACGAUGACACAGUCUGGUGGAAUCAGACUAAUCUGUAAGUUAAAACAACUGUAAUAUUUUUGUUUAUGUGAAAUCAGAUUCAAACCUCCCUCUCUUCUUUUCUCACUGUCACUCAUGUUCAUUCUGCCUCUGAGCCGACUGCAAACCUCCACAGUAUUUUGUAAAAUAUGUGUCAUGACACUUAAAGCUGCAUCCAGACAUAUUAUCUGAUGUUGACAGCGGUGAUCGGUAGUAAUCGGUGACUCUGCGUAGUUCUUUGAUUCAUUCCCACAAAAUGAAAAAGUUUUUCUUUUUGUUUCAACUUCGAUUAAGGAAUUCACUUCUUAAGCACUAAAGUUAAAACAAUGUUCUGCGAAGUGUCUUUGCCCUUUUUUGUGUUGUCUCAUCGAUGUGAAAUUCUGUAAAAAGCCAAUUGAUGGUGUAUAUAGCGUAAAUACUUUCCUCAAAACAUGACAAAUUAAAUUAUGUCAGGCGAAUAGGAUACCAAAAAAACUAAAUAUGUCUGCCACAGUUAGAGAGUGUUUUAAAUUUUGUUGAGUUAUUACUCAACUGUUUUAUAAUUCAUAUUGAUUCCCUGCUAAAAAGAAUUCUAGUGCCUUUUCAGUUACUGUUAUGCUAUGUUGCUGUCAAUCGGCGUAACUGUAAAUAAGUGAAUAAACCGAAUAAGUUUG